AUGUUGGAUAAAAUAGAAGAUGCGAUUGAUGAUUCAAACACAAAACAAAAUAUAAAGAAUGUUCCAGGAAAAGUCAAAGAAUAUUAUCAAACAACUGAUGGCCGAAUUUAUAUAAUUGCCACAAAUGAAUUAAAAACUUGUCUUAAAGAACCAAUUGUAAACAGUAAAACUGAUGUUCUUUUGUGGCGGAAGGUAUAG